UAAAAAGCAUGAUCAGAAGGACUGAUCUAUUGUGAUUAGAGCCCACCUCCUGCUCCCUGUCUGCUAUUUCCCGUCUGUAAACAGUUCUGGGAACACAGGAUCCAGAGAAGAGUUUGCAUAAAAAGGAGGAAAGGCAGACGAGCUUCAGUGACGAGAAAUGAAGUGGCUGGGGAGAAAUUAUCUGGAACUGAGUGCGAUUAUUUAAGAGCCUCAGGGGAAAAGAAAGAAACCACAGCCAGAGAGAUAUAUCUUUCUUUCUUUUUUACUUUCACUUUUGGAGCUCCGAUCGCCGAGCUGUGACUGCUUCGUUUGACAGGACUCGGAGAUUGCCUGGCAAGUUUGGUCUCGUUUGGUUGGAGGCCUAGAGGGCAAAGGCAGUGGGAACCGUGGGAACUUCAGAAUGCAAUGUUCUCGGUGCUGGGAAUAUGGAGUCCAGAAAUCCUGGAUCUAUAGGAACCGAAGGGAGGUAAACACAAGAUUGCAGUUAACUACAGGGUAAUGACCUUUGUCUGCCUCGUGACUGGAUGGAAUUGGAAUCCUCCUGGAACCCCUUCUUUCGGCACCAUGCAUCUGAGCUUCUGCAUCUUCCUCGCAACACAGCUGCUUCUCUACCAGGAAGCCUCCUCCUGUACUGAUUCAGAGUAUGAUAUCCGUGGCGAAUGCUGCCCCAGGUGUAAUCCAGGAUACAGAGUCGAGAGAGACUGCACUUCUACUUCCAGUACAACAUGUGUUCCUUGUGCUGGGAGGACAUACACAAACCGGUCAAAUGGGUUGACAAAGUGCUUCAAAUGUCAAGAAUGUGAAUCAGGAGCCCAUCUAAGAGUUAAAGAAGAAUGCACGUAUACGAAGAACACAGUCUGCUCUUGCAAGCCUGGCUAUUAUUGCACUCAGUUCAUCAACCACGAGUGUGAACAGUGCUCAAAGCACACCAUUUCUCCACCUGGUUUUAAGGUGACACAGCCAGGCACAGAAACCAAUGACACCUGGUUCGUACCCUGCCCUCCUGGGACCUAUUCAGAGACCGAGAUGUCCACCUCCUGUGAACCUUGGACUAAUUGCAGUAAGGCAGGCAUGAUAGAAGAACGAGCAGGCACAGCAGUUUCCAAUGCAGUUUGUGGAUGUGUCGGCCAGAGACAGGUGCCUAUGCCGGUAUUUGUAGCUACUACUGCCAUUCUUAUUCUGCUGGUUCUUGCCUUAAUAUGUGGCAUCAUAAUAUGGCAAUGGAGGAAGCGCAUCGAAAAACGUGCUCCCAGAGAACAGGAGGAACGAAAUGGAGAUUAUCUUCCUGUUCAAGAGAAUGACAACAAUAUGGUGGCACCUAUGCAGGAAACGGGUCAACACCCUGGAGAACCAGCAUUCACAAUGGCAUGACUGACCAGAAUUUUUGGUUCGGAAAGCCCUGGUGCACCUUGCAAGCAACAGCCGUGGACAUAUGCACUGGAUGAACUUUUAGAGAGGGAGAAACACAUUAGUAAAUGCAACAGAAAACAGGAGGUGGUUAGUUUCCUCUCUGAACUUCUCAUCAUCCAUCUUGAAGAUGUAGGUUGCAGUGAAGAAAGGGAAAGAUGUGGAAAUCUUCACUGAAGGACAGAUCAAGGCUGAAGAGGGAACAUAUCUUGGGGGAAAGGAGAAGAUCGUCAAACGAUGAAAUUCAUACCAGAAGAUAUAGUGAUGGCCACCAACUUGGAUGACUUUAAAAGACAAAUUCAUGGAGGAAUUGGAUUUGUAUGGACACUAUUCAGGUCCUGCUUGUGGCCAUCUGGUUGGCCAUUGCGAGAACAGAAGGAAGGACAUAUUGGCCUUUGGUCUGAUCCCCAACAGGGCUCUUCUGGUAUUCUGAAAGAAGGUAGAGUGGGAGGUUCACUACAUCAAUAAAAACAAUGCAUUUCCUAGGGUCUGAAACCAAGCCGGAAUUGGGGGAGGAUUUUGCUCUGUCCCUUUGCUCCUCCUACCAGUCAGGCCUUCUCAGAGAUUGGUGCUUUCUUUCUUUCUUUCUUUCUUUCUUUCUUUCUUUCUUUCUUUCUUUCUUUCUUUCUUUCUUUCUUUCUUUCUUUCGAGUUCUGACACUAAUAUCAGAUGGUGCAUGGAAUGGUUGGGUGAUGCCUUGUGACUGGAAACUCUCCCAGGAAAUGAUAUAAGCUUCACUCAAUAUUUCUCAGUUGAUGGAGGCAGGGAAACCCAAACUUACUUCCACCUGCUCUUUAGAUGGGGAUGAAAUCAGACUCUAGGAGGAUGAAAAAGCCGUGUGUGUGUGUGUCUCUGUGUGUAACAUUACUCCAUACUGAACACAAUGAGUUCUGCUUUGCGAGAGUGUUGACAGAUGCAGUAUCCGGGGUCCAAUCCCAGCUCACAGGCUUGGGCUAAACCCUGACGGAUCAUGGACAAAAUGGAGAGCAACCAGCAAAGCACUGAGUGAAUGGCCAAUGUAACACCAGCUGUCCAAGCAACCAGACAGCAGGAAAGAACAGACUGCAGCCAUAAUCAGAGGCAGUAUGAUACUGAAUACCAGCUGCUGGGAAUCACAAGUGAGAAGAGCCCUGUUGCAUUCAGGUCCUACUUGUGGGCUUCCCAUUGAGGCAUCUGGUUGGCCACUGAGAAGAGGAUGCUGGACUAGACAGGCCUUUGAACUGAUCUAACAGGGCAUCUCCUAUGUUCUUAGGUUCUCCAGGCCAACAGUCUAGGAGUUUUGCCUUUCCAAGUCUGCAGUGCCUUAGGAUGUGACAGAGACAUGUGUGGCCUACCAGUUGGGAUCUGAAGCUGGAUAGACAUAGGGAAAGGGAGAGCUCUGCAGCAUCCUGGGCUACUGGCGAGGCUUGGCUAGAGUCCAGGGUAGUUCACAGACAGCAAGGUCAAGAGGCAGCUGAGAGCAGUGCAGGAUUCAGAGUGCAGGUGAAUAUCAAGACAACCUCAGACCAGGAAUUGGGAAACUUUUUACAGCCCAAGGGCUACAUUCCCUUCCAGGCAACCUUUUGGGGGCCACAGGCAGGAAUCGAGGGGGGGCAACUAAAAUCACAUCUGUCUUCAUUCAGCAGGCUAGUUUCUAUGCACAACCCGUCUCUAUCCUCAUGCAAGCUGGCAAGAUCCAUUAUCAGAAUUUCAGAGCUUAGAGGUCUAGACCAGGCAUCCCCAAAUUGUGGCCCUCCAGAUGUUUUGGCCUACAACUCCCAUGAUCCCUAGCUAACAGGACCAGUGGUUGGGGAAGAUGGGAAUUGUAGUCCAAAACAUCUGGAGGGCCGAAGUUUGGGGGGUGCCUGGUCUAGACAGAGAGGCUUAGAAUACUACAGCAGCUGGACAUUGCAUGGACAGGCGCAGUCCCCCAAACCCCAGGUGACCCCCGAGAGGAAUAAUGACUCAAGACAACUUGCUAUAGGACUAAAAUUGGCCACAACUUUAUUAAGAUUCAGGUGUAACUCAGGUGAGGCUGGCAUUUGUUCCCUGGGCCUAAGGUUCCUACACCUGCGUUAUUUGAUUGAUUGGAACCCAACUGGCUUUGUAAGUAAUUUGAGCGCCUGCUGAAUUAGAAGCUGCAGUUCUACUCUCUGGCCAGCUGCAGUGGUGGUGCUGUGGAGCAAAAGCAGUGUGGAACAGGAAACAGCAAGGCAGCAGUUCCGUCCUUUGGUAAACUAUCAUAGUGGGUGAAUCGUGUGCUAAUCUCUGACAAAGUCCCCAGCUGAAGACCCGAAUGCUUUUUAGGUGUUUGGUCCAGAAUAACAUGAAACCUUCAAUUCCAAAGAACAAGGUGAUCUCUAGAAAAGCAGAGAUAAAUUUCCAUUGACUAACUACAUAUAUAUUAUGGGAGAGAUUUGCAUUAAAAAGAACAACUAAGUGUGCCAAGGGAUGGGAUGAGAAUUCUCAGACUUGCAGCCGCCACCUGCAGUUAACAAAAUUUCAUAGGGAUUCUGUAUUUAUAUCUGCAUGUGUUUUGUAGGCUGUGUUGUGUAGUGGUUAGAGUGCUGGACUAGAACCUGGGAAACCACAGUUCAAAUCCCACACCUUUUUCAUUGUCGUAAGGAUAAUAUGGAGAGAGGGAGAACCAUGUAGGCCACCUUGAGCUCCUUGGAGGAAAGUGGAUUAUAAAUGCAAUCAUAAAUAAAAAUCUACAGCUGAAACAUGUCAUUACAGCCCUAUGAAUAACUGUCAUGGUGUUCUGUUCUUGCUUAUCUUAGCCUAUAGUUGCUUAGAUCCUUUGCUUAAGAAUUAAUAUUAACAUAAAUUAAAUGGUGCUGUGAGUGUGUGUAAAUAAUGUUCUAUUUAUUUGUCUGUCUCCCUGUGUGUACUUUCUUCCUCCACAAGCAAGUUGCCCAAAGUGGCUUACAAAUAAAAAAAUAUUAAAAACCAAAACAGUGACCCAACUAUUAAAACAGAAAUGAUCCAACUAAAAACAAAAAAAACUAAAAACUAAAAAAAACUAAAAACAAAGCGCUGUUCAACAGUGGAACAGGCUCUCGCAAGAGGUGGUGGAUUCUCCUCCCUUCGAGGUCUUUAAGCAGAGGUUGGGUAGCCAUCUAUCUUGUAGGAUUUAGUGGAGAUUCCUGAAUUGCAGGGGGUUGGAUUAGAUGAGCUUUGGUUCUAUGAAAACAGCAGCCAAAACAGAUGAAACAUCAAAUGAAAGAAUGGCACUCCCAGUUAAGUUUAAGAAGGCAUGUUUUCAGCUAACUGUAGAGUACAAAUAAGGAAUAAGGUAACUCAAGUUCCUGAGGCAGGGAGUUCCACAUAGGAAGAUGCUUUGGACUGAGUCAGACCGUUGGUCCAUCUAGCUCAGUGUUGCCUACAUUGAUUUCUGGUAUGGGUAUCUCCCAGCCUUACCUGGAGAUGCUGGGGAUUGAACCUAGGACCUUCGGCAUGCAAAGCAGGUGCUCUACCACUGAGCCAUGGCCCUUUCCCAUAUGAGGCACCACUGCAUGGGAUGCCCUCUCAGGUCUUGUCAUGCCAAUGGCACAUGCAAGAAGGACACAAGUGCCAUUCCCAAAAAGCUGGGCAGAUUCACAUAAGAGAGGAAGAUGGUUCUUCAAGGAAUUUGGUCCCAAGUCAUUUAGGAUACUAGGGAAAUAGCAGCCUCAUGCUUGGCUUUCCUUGGGAAUUCUAAGAAAGCAGGAAAAAUCAGUGCAGUUUAGCAAGACUGAGUGCAUCUUCUUGAUCCAAACAGCGCCCAGUUGUAUCCAGAUGUAAAGGAAAACCUGCUGUUGGAACUCAGGAACCUUUGUGCAAAAUUUGGUGACAAUAUCUUAAGGCGUGUCCAAAUGUAGAGCAAACCAACAAUUUCUAAACUAUAGAAUAGAUACUAGGGUGAUGACUUUUUCAUUUUUUUCUCAAAAAUUAUUUCCUGUAGCACAAAUGGAUGAACUUUUGCCUAUUAAUGACUAAAAUGACGUAUAUUCCAUUGAAAUAUUUAAAAAGGUUAUGCACAAACCGUUUUUAAUUUUUUUUGUAUGCCGUUUUACUAUUUCAUAAAAUUGUACUAACAAUUCUAUAUAUAUUUUGUAUCAAAUUUGGACACAACACCACAUUCCACAAUGGGGAAUGUUCUUAGCAACAUAGGGUAUACAAAUGUCACACCUGCACAAGGUAAAAGCCCCUUUUUGGGACAUCAAAAUUCAGCCAGCAGAUCCUGCCGGACAUGCUGGGAAAAGAACCUACAGGAGAGGUAGCAAAACAUCGUCCUCUAGCGGCGUCUAUACUGUUACUGCAGCUAAAAAAAGCUUUCUUGUGUGUUUGAUGACCCUAUAUAAUGUUGUAUAUAUGUGACUCUAAAGCUUGGGUUCAAUUUUAUAUCUGCUUACAGUGACUUAAAAAAUGGUCAAAAAACUGAUAAAUAAAAUUUUUUAAAUCAUUUUGUGCGUGAGGUUUUUUAAUCAAAUCUCUUUGAAAGUAAGAUUUCAUCUAAUCUUUCAUUAAAGCUCAUCAAAUUAUGAUACAGGGAAAUGAGGUUGUAAAAAAGUCAUCACCCUAAUAGAUACUCAUCACCUUGAAUUGCCCUUGGUGGUAAAUUUAUGCAGGUACCAAUUCAUGAGCGCCUUUGCCCUUGCAUGUCUAACAAGGUAGAA